CCAACAGGAUGUACAUAAUAACAAGAUAGAAUGUUUUAAUAACGUUUUCUAGAACGUUUGUAUAACCAGAACGUUUUAAACAUUCCCUGAGUUUUCGGUAAUAACGGUUCUAUGAUGUAAUGGUUAGGAAACUUAAACUUUAGAAAAGUGUUCUUAGAACACAACAUUGUUAGUUGAUCGUUUCCAUAGCAACCAGUGAACACAUGCAGCUCGAAGCGCGUGUUUGCCUGGAGCCAAAGUUUUUGGAAUUUGGAUGUAACAAAGUCGCGCAACAGGUUACUGAAUAAAGACCCUUAAGACUUCAUUACAUUUUUGCCCUAUACGUUGCUAAGUUAUAACAAGAUAAGUAUUUAAUGAAGACUGACGCGUUGUGUCACAUAGUCGUAAGUAGCCUAAUUAUUAGUAUUCUUAUAGAGAACAGACGAGCACCUGCCCAAAACCAAUACAUUCCUUAACGUCUUAGAUUUUGUGUCUAAUCUAUGUUAAAAUGUUAUUUAUUUAUUUAUUUUAAUGUUUCGUCUUCCUAUCGUCUUUCACUUAUGGGGUCGGCAUAUUGAGUUUCAGCAAGACCUUUUUUUCGGGACCAAGCUUUUCUUUAACCAGACAGUCGCGUCUUUUGACAGUUAUCUUGAAUAAAGUCUACGAAGAUUCAUAUGUGGUCCAUCUAAAUAGUGUUUAAUAUGCGGCACAUCUCAGAAAAUAAUGUUUAACUCGUUUAACAUAAGACAGGGGAAGUCGACCAAAAGUGCGUGGACUGUAGCCUCUCUCUCAGACUCUCACAGACACAGAAAGGUCUUUGAGGACUCUCGUAGAGGAAAUAUCCAAAUGUAAAUAGCUUUACAGAGAAGAGAGAUGAAUGGCAUACAUAAAGGUGCAGCUGAACUGUGCAGAGAGGGCGACAAAAUAUUACUCUCUGGGGACCCUGGCAGAGCUGCGGUUCUGUACACCCAUGCUUUUGGAAAUCAUGCAGGAUCCACUGUAGGACACAUGCGUGGCCUCGACACAGGUUGUUUGGAGGAGGUGAUCUCAACUCUGGAGGCCUGGCUUGAUGACGUUUCGAACAAUUCAGUUGAGGGUCUGAGCAAAGGUCUUGUUGCUGUAUUUCUGUCUACAUUAUGCCCCAAUAAUAUUUCUGCUUCUCUUUAUAAAAUGGAGUCUGUCCUGCAGGGGACAGGUCAUGCCUCGGACGAGAUUUUCGCACGAUGUUCUGCUCUUCUAGAGAGAAAACAAAUGCCCCAACCUGCGGGCCACACACGGUUAGUUCUGGAGUUAACUAGAGCUCUGGCCUGCUUGCUCUCAGACCCUCAAAGUCCCAAAGGUCCUCAGCUUUAUCUGCAAGCCUUUCAUGGAAAUAAAUCAGAAACUAUUAGACUUGUUAAAGAAAGGCAAACUCAACAUGUGGAGCUAUUAAUUAAAGCCUUUUAUAAACAAAUGUCUCCGAGAUAUUCCAUUCUUCAGAUGAAGAAAGCAUCGAGUUCUACACAAGCAAGUGACGACAUUGAUCCUACUAAAACUGUUGAGUUUUUACUUGCCAUUUCACCUAAUGAUAUCCAGGUGAGAGAGCUUCAAGCUGCAGUCUUGUUUUCAUCAGGAAAGUUCACAGAAAGUGCAGAAGCUUUGUCGCUGGCUCUUAAACUAGGUGAAUCACAGACAGAACAUGUAAUGGCACCAGAGAAAACAGCUUGUUUACUGGUGGGCAGAGCAGCUGCUCAUUUUUCAGCAGGAGGACGAGCAAGAGAAGUCUGCAAAGAUCUGGGUGACGGCUUUGCACUUCAUCCGGCAACAGCAAGACAGCAAUUCCAGAGCCUGUUCUCGGACAAUGGUAUAGGGUUGGCUGCUCGCAUCCAGCUGCGCCAACAGGCCGAGAAAGGUGUCUUGGAGUUCAGGGAGGCAGUUCUUCUGAGGCCUGACCUUCGGUCUUUGAAAGGAGUGGAGUUGUUGGAGCCCGUUAUUGCUCAGCUGCGAGCUCUCUGCCACUUGGAGUCAGACGGUGGAGGUAGGGAACUGCGGGUGCGUCUGGCAGACUGCCUCCUCUUGCGUGGGGAACAUAAAGAAGCCCUUUCCAUAAGUAGCCAGCUAGCUGCUGCAGCUCCAGCCCAGCAGAGCUACCAGAACACAGUGCAAGUGCUCAGAGGGUUUUCUCGACUCUUCACUGAGGACCAUAAAGGUGCUCUGGAAGAUUUCCAAGCGGUUAUUGAACAUAGCACUCCUCACCCGCCCAGCUGUGUCCGUGCGCUCUGUGGUAGGGGUGUCCUGCGUAUGAUGGCUGGCUCACACUACCUUACUGCUCUAGAUUACGUUACGGCGAGCCGAUUACAGCUGCAGGACACCGCUGUAACUGUUAGGUGCCUGGUGCCAUGGAACUGCCGUGGGUUGCUGUGCACUGUGCUGCUGGAACAGGGAAGGGUUAUGCUUGAGGGGACUGAAGAACAAAAAGCUGACUCAAAUCCUACAGCACAACAAGAGCAUGAGGAAGGUCACACCAACAACAAACAGAGGUCUUCGGCUGGCGUGCACGCUCUUGCUCUUCUACUAAUGGAGUUACAGCCCGGUGCCGAUGGACCCCAGAUUCUCACAGCAGAUGCUCUGUACCAGUUGGGUCGUGUUGAGGAGGCUUACCGUCUUCUUCUCAACAUUGAGCACACAGCCCCACGACCACCGAUUCUCGCACGCCUUGCAAUUCUGCAGCUGCAUCGUGGCUUCCUCUAUGAUGCCUAUCAGCUACUGAAGAAGCUGAUUAAUUCAGGCGACACCAGCUGUCUACGUCCCCUUCUCUCUGUAACGUCUUUACAAGACCGUGCACUUCUAGAAAAACAUUGUCACUCUGCUUCCAAGCGUAUACUGUGUGGCCAACAAGCAGAAAGUGCAAUAAGGGAAGCUGUGGCCUAUUUGUCCAUUGCCAUUAUGGCUUCAGGUGGUGGAGCAAUAGAUUCCCUGCUGGAGAGAGCAAGAUGUUAUGCUCUGUUGGGCCAAUGGAAGACGGCUAUCUAUGACUUCACUGCGAUCCUUAAAGAGCACCCAGACCAUGUGCAGGCUUUGUGUGGAAGAGGAUUUACUUACCUUAUGCUGAACCAGCAAAAGGAAUGCACACUAGACAUACUAGUUGCCCUUCAGUGUGGUGCUGAGGAGGUCACUCAGAGCAUGCUGUCACUUAAAGACAAAGCGAAGAGACUCGUCAGUGAAUGGUUGGGUCAGCACUGUCGCAGCAGCCUGUCAGACACUCUGCUAGCCAACCCUGUACCCUGCCGGGAGGAGCACCUGCGAGAGGCCUUUUUGAUUGGUGGCGCACUAAUGAACACUGACUGCAGGGAACCCAGGUGGCACCUCCUGUACAUAGAUACACUACUUGCCAAAGGGGAGGUGAAUGCUGCAGGAGCACACCUGAAGCAGGUGUUUGGUCAAGAGCCUCGAGAUGUCGCAGCUAAGGCCAGAUGGGGUGUCGUAAAGGCCUGGCAGCAGAGUUACAAAGUGGCAGCCAACUAUCUGAGUGUGGUGGCUGAGAAAGAUCCAGCAACUCUAGACUUUCUAAUCAAUCUUCUUCAGUCAGCUCAAAGAAAACGCUUGGCACAGGCAGCAUCUCAGCAGGCCAGCGUUGUUUCUGAAGGUGGUCAGUGGGAGCACGCUUUAGCCCUCCUCACACUAGCAGUGCGAGCGGUCAAUGAGAUGAAGCUUCAGUACCUCAGGCAGCGUGCAGCCUGCCUGGCCCACCUGGGCCUCCAUGACAGGGCCGUGUCUGAUUUGAGUAAGGUCAUCCAGGGCCACAGUGCAGAUGCGAGUGGGGAGCCAAGGGUUUGGGCAGAGGACCUUUGCCGCCGAGGCCGUAGCCUGCUGUUGUGUUCCCAUGAAGAGUCUGGCUUACAGGACAUUUCUCAAGCCCUGGAUCUACACGAGGGACAGGCUCUGCUGUGUGUGGAGGCUGGUCUGGGAACACAACGCCUUGCCGAAAAGUUCCUGCGCUUUGCCCUGCAGAACUAUGGAGAGCAGAAACUUGACAAAGCUUGGCUUCUGACAGAGACCGGGCUUAAAGUGGACAGUGGCCAUGUAGAACUGCGCAGACUGAGGGCUAGAAUAAAACGAGAAGUCUCUGGUCCAUGUACUGUCCAUUAGAGAUGAAACAUAAAUAAGAUGUUUAAAUGUGAACCGAUAGUGAUAGAAUGGUUUAUGUCUUUAUAUUACCGUAAUUUAUGGUUAAUCAGGCAAACAUAAGGGCAAGAAUGUCUAAUCAUAAGAAUGCAGUAUUGUAACUUACAGUCUCUUACAAUUUACCUUUGUGUAAAAAAACAUUUUAUACAGUUUUUUUUUUUGUGUUGGAAUUUUUAUUAUCUAAUGUAAGUUUUGUCAAAAUUGAACAUUUGGUGUAGCCAUGUCUGACAUACUGUUUUGUUUGAGGUCAGUAUGAUUUUUAUUAAAUUGAUUAUUUUAUUUAGCAUGGAGUGACAGUAAUCCAAAGUGACAGUAAAGAAUUUAUAAUGUUCCUUUAAACUUUCUAUUCAUCAAAGAAUGCUGAAAAAAGUAUCAAGGUUUCCACAAAAAUAUUAAGCAGCACAAUAGUUUCAUCAUUGAUAAGAAGUGAUUCUUGAGCAGCAAAUCAGCACAUUAAUGAUUUCUGAAGAAUCAUGUGACACUGACGACUGGAGUAAUGUUUGAUGAAAAUUCAGCUUUGCCAUCA